AUGAAGCCCUACGAAUAUGGUUUCAGGGUGUUCAUGUUGACAUUUUCAAUAGUACUGGUGUCGGGGACUUCCCACUUCUUUAGAACAGCCGUUUCUCGAUUGUUAUUGGUUAUAGUCGGAGCAGGCAUAUGUUUUAUAGUUAACAUAUGUAUUUAUCCAGUCUGGUCUGGAGAAGAGCUGCACAAAUUGGUGGUGAAGAAUUUUAGGGGUGUUGCUACUUCCUUGGAAGAAUGUGUUAGAAGUUACCUGCAAAACGUGGAAUAUGAUAGGAUACCUUCGAAAAUUCUUGUAUACCAGGCGACUGAUGACCCUCUCUAUACGGGAUAUAGAGCAGCAGUACAGUCUACAAGUCAAGAAGAUGCUCUGUUGGGCUUUGCGAUUUGGGAACCGCCCCAUGGGCGUUAUAAAAUGUUGAGAUAUCCAUGGGGUCAAUUUGUGAAAGUUGGCGGUGCAUUAAGGCACUGUGCUUUUAUGGUUAUGGCAAUGCAUGGGUGCAUACUUUCAGAAAUACAGGCAGCAGCUGAACUGAGGAUGAUGUUCAGAAACGAGAUUCAGAGGGUAGGGAGUGAAGGUGCCAAAGUACUAAGGGAGUUGGGAAACAAGUUGGAGAAGCUGGAAAAAUUAAGCCCAAAUUUUGACCUACUUGAGAAGGUGCACGAGGCCGCAGAGGAGUUGCAAAUGUUGAUAGAUGAAAAAUCAUACCAUCUUGUGAGUGCAGCUGCUAGACAAAGACACAAAGAAUUGGAAGAUCCUGAUCAAGAGGAGACCGAGGAAGAGACCUCCACCGAAGCCCAACAAGCCCCCCAUUUGAAACAUUCUCAUACCUUCAAAAACAUCGACCGCCAUAUCACAAAUAUGUCCAUGAAUCUUCCUUCAUUUGCAAACUGGGGUUCCUGUGAUGAAGAGGCACUCAAACAGCAGUUACAGUGGCCUUCACGCCUCUCGGUUCUUGGGGACGCCGUUCUUAAUGAACGUGAGGUUAGGACUUACGAGAGUGCAAGUGCUUUGUCUUUGGCCAAUUUCACAUCUUCCUUGAUCGAGUUUGUUGCAAGGCUUCAGAAUCUCCUCAACUCUUUUCAAGAGCUUAGCGAUAAGGCAAGAUUCUCAAAUCCAACAAAUCCUCUAGAUCAAAAGGAGGAAGGGGAUGAUGUGGGCUUCUGGACACCAUUUGGCAACUGUAUGGGCUUCAACACUUGA